GGCCGGCGGCUGCGAGUUUGGCGGCCGCCCGCUCGGUGCGCGGGGCUGGCAGCAUGGGCUGGUCUCGGGAUUUGUUCCGCGUCUUGUGGAGGACGCUGUCAAAGGAGGUGAGGGAGCAAGUGGGCACAGACCACCUGGGGAACAAAUACUACUACGUCCCGUCGUACAAGAACUGGAGAGGACAAACAAUUAGAGCGAAAAGAAUUAUUGAAGCAGCAAAUAAAAAUGAAGUAGACUAUGAAGUGGGAAAUAUCCCAACAGAGUGGGAAGCUUGGAUUCGAGGUACCAGAAAGAGUCCACCUACUCUUGAGGAAAUAUUAAGGAAUAAAAAAUACAGAGAAGAAAUUGGAAUCAAAAGCAAAGAAUUUUAUGCAAAAGAAAAACUCCUCAGUCAAGAGAGCGACGGGAAUCUUUUGGGCCCACCGGUGGAAACUGAGAUUAAAGGACAUGCCUCUGCUCCAUUCUUUGGCAAGGAAGAGCCGUCAGCAGCUCCCUCCAGCACUGGAAAAACCUUCCAGCCCGGAGCCUGGAUGCCACAAGAUGGCAAGAGCCGCAAUCAGUGAAUGUACGGGGGCAAAUCACUUCAUUGAUUCGUAUUUGACUUUCAACAAAUAAAAAAGGUUAUGUUGUA